AUGCACCUGCAUAGUUCGUGGGUACGCUUCUACCUGGCAGAUCGCCCUCCGAUGCAAUUAACCCAGGAAGACGAGUUUGUGCAGGACCCCACGCCGACCACCGCAGCCCCCCAGUCGGACAGAAGCGCCGGAUCUCCGGCCAAGAUGUGCAGCGAGUGCUACGUGAAUCAGUCAUUUGUGAACGACGAUGGGACCGUGAGCGCCCAUAAGCAACGCUCUUCCCCUGCUCCACUUCCGACCAGCAGCGGCCGCAGCAGUGGAGUUAUCCUCGACAUCUCCUCGCUGAAGAUGGAGCAGUUGGAGAGCGAAGUGCCUCCGCUGCCGCCCCGCUUCCGCUUCAGAGACCUGCUGGGGGACCAGAACUUCCAGAACGACGACAGGGUGCAGGUGGAGUUUUAUGUGAAUGAAAACACUUUCAAGGAGCGCCUGAAGCUUUUUUUCAUCAAAAACCAAAGAUCAAGCCUCAGGAUUCGUGUGUUCAACUUCUGCCUGAAGCUGCUAACAUGUCUGCUGUACAUCAUCAGAGUGAUGACGGACCGACCCGGUCAGGGCACAAGCGGCAGCCACAGCUCAGUGCAACAAAACUCUCCAAAUGGCAACAACAAAUGUGUCGACUGCCAGUGGAAUGGAUCAGUGCAAGACAGAGAAAUUAAUUGGGACUUGAUCUUCUGGGUGGAGAGGAAAGCUCCAGUCUGGGCCAUUCAAGUGAUUGUGGCCAUCAUCAGUUUCCUGGAGACCAUGUUGCUUAUGUAUCUGAGCUACAAGGGGAACAUUUGGGAGCAGAUAUUUCAGGUUUCCUUUCUUCUGGAGAUGAUCAACACAGUUCCUUUCAUCAUUACAAUCUUCUGGCCUUCAAUAAAGGACAUCUUCAUUCCUGUGUUUCUCAACUGCUGGCUGGCUAAGUGUGCAUUAGAGAACAUGAUUAAUGAUGUCCACAGAGCGAUCCAGAGGACAAACUCGGCCAUGUUCAACCAGGUCAUUGUUCUCAUCUGCACCCUGCUGUGCCUCGUCUUCACUGGCACAUGUGGGAUUCAGCACCUGGAGCGAGCGGGUCAGAACCUCUCCCUCUUCAAUUCCUUCUACUUCUGCAUCGUCACCUUCUCCACCGUCGGCUUUGGAGACGUGACUCCACGCAUCUGGCCUUCUCAGCUGCUGGUCGUCAUCAUGAUUUGUGUGGCUCUUGUAGUGCUUCCUCUCCAGUUUGAGGAGCUGAUCUACUUGUGGAUGGAGAGGCAGAAGUCAGGAGGGAACUACAGCCGCCACAGAGCCCAGACAGAGAAGCAUGUAGUUUUAUGUGUCAGCACGCUUAAAAUAGACCUGCUCAUGGACUUUCUCAACGAAUUCUAUGCACAUCCCAGACUGCAGGACUACUAUGUGGUGAUCCUGUGCCCGAGUGAAAUGGACCUCCAGGUGCGAAGGGUGCUGCAGAUUCCCCUGUGGUCUCAGAGGGUCAUCUACCUGCAAGGGUCGGUCCUCAAAGACCAGGAUCUGCUGCGUGCAAAAAUGGACGACGCAGAGGCUUGUUUCAUUCUGAGCAGUCGCAACGAGGUUGAUCGUAUGGCCGCGGACCACCAGACCAUCCUGAGAGCUUGGGCUGUGAAAGACUUUGCCCCUAACUGUCCUCUUUAUGUCCAAAUACUCAAACCUGAAAACAAGUUUCAUGUUAAAUUUGCAGAUCAAGUCGUGUGCGAGGAGGAAUUCAAGUACGCCAUGCUGGCUCUCAACUGUGUGUGUCCUGCCACUUCCACCUUGGUCACACUCCUAGUUCACACCUCCCGCGGACGAGAAGGACAGCAAUCUCCGGAGCAGUGGCAGAGGAUGUAUGGAUGUUGCUCCGGCAACGAGGUCUACCACAUCCGACUGUGCGACAGCAAGUUCUUUGGAGAGUACAAUGGCAAAAGCUUCACGUACGCCUCGUUUCAUGCUCACAAGAAGUACGGCGUGUGUCUCAUCGGGAUAAAAAGGGAGGAGAACAAGAGCAUCCUGCUGAAUCCUGGUCCACACCACAUCAUGGCUUCCACAGACACCUGCUACUACAUCAACAUCACCAAAGAGGAGAACUCCGCCUUCAUCUUCAACCAGGAGGAGAGGAAGGGCCGUCCUGCUGGAGGAAUCUAUGACGGGCCCUCACAGCUUCCUGUGCACAGCAUCAUCGCAAGCAUGGGAACUGUUGCCAUAGAUCUUCAGAAUACAAGUCCGCCCAACAUUUCAGGGGGCAAACUGGUCCCGCCCACCGUGAAUGGGACAAGCAGCCGCCGACCCAGUAUCGCACCAGUCCAAGAAAUAGCCGACUCUGCCGCAAUCCUGCCGUGUGACCUCCUGAGCGAUCAGUCAGAAGAUGACACUGUUUUUACAGAUGAAAAGAGAAGCUCGUCCACUGAGUAUGUUAAAGGUUAUCCUCCCAACUCGCCGUACAUUGGGAGCUCGCCCACCUUAUGCCAUCUGUUGGCUGAAAAAGCACCAUUUUGCUGCCUACGACUAGACCAGGGCUGCAUGCACAACAGCUUUGAGGAUGCAAAGGCUUACGGCUUCAAGAACAAGCUCAUCAUUGUGUCGGCUGAGACGGCGGGGAACGGUCUUUAUAACUUCAUAGUGCCUCUCAGAGCUUAUUACAGACCCAGGAAAGAGCUGAACCCCAUUGUCUUACUGCUGGAUAACCCUCCUGAUAAUCACUUCCUGGAGGCCAUUUGUUGUUUCCCAAUGGUGUACUACAUGGGUGGGUCGAUAGACAAUCUGGACAGCUUGCUCCAGUGUGGGAUUAUCUAUGCUGAUAACUUAGUUGUGGUGGAUAAAGAGAGUACGAUGAGCGCAGAGGAAGACUACAUGGCGGAUGCCAAAACUAUUGUCAAUGUACAAACAAUGUUCAGGUUGUUUCCAAGUCUCAGUAUAAUCACCGAGCUCACACAUCCAUCCAACAUGAGGUUCAUGCAGUUUAGAGCGAAGGACUGCUAUUCGCUGGCUCUGUCCAAGCUAGAGAAGAAAGAGAGAGACAAAGGCUCCAACUUGGCCUUCAUGUUCCGCUUGCCCUUCGCUGCAGGCCGAGUGUUCAGCAUCAGCAUGUUGGACACCCUCCUCUAUCAGUCUUUCGUAAAGGACUACAUGAUUCUUAUUGCUAGACUGCUCUUGGGACUGGACACCACCCCUGGAUCAGGAUUCCUCUGUGCUAUGAAGAUAAAAGAGGAAGAUAUAUGGAUCGGCACCUACGGGAGACUGUUCCAAAAACUUUGCUCCUCCAGUGCAGAAAUUCCCAUCGGCAUCUAUCGCACAGAGUCUCACAUUUUCACCACUUCAGAGUCCCAGGUGUCCAUGAGUGUUGACUACUGCGAAGACACAAAAGACAGAGGGGACGAGCCUCGCAGCAACGAGCAGUCGGAUCACCCCCUGCUGAGGAAGAAGAGCAUGCAGUGGGCGCGACGUCUCAGUAAGAAAAGCGUGAGGUGGCAGGGGGGAAGCCGGGACUCGAGUAAAGACCACGCCCAGCGCAUAGCCCAGCAGCGUCUCAACCUCUACAGACGCUCCGAGAGGGAAGAGCUGUCCGAGCUGGUCCGGAACCGCAUGAGGCAUCUGGGCCUUCCCACCUCAGGAUACGAUGAUCUGACGAAUCUGACAGCCAGUGAUGUCAUGAACAGAGUCAAUUUGGGAUACUUACAAGACGAACAGAAUGAUCACCAGAACACUUUGUCUUACGUCCUCAUUAACCCUUCACAUGAUACCAGGCUAGAGAUCAACGACAUUGUAUACUUAAUUCGUUCUGACCCUCUGGCUCACGUUCCCGAGGAGCCCCCCGUCUACAGCAGCAGCCUGAAAGAGAGACACGAGUCCAGCAUAGACACCAAAGAGGACACCCCGCUCUGACGCAGCGCUGGCCUUUAACUGGAUCGGCCCCCCUCACAGCUGGGUUUUAGCUCUCCACGUGCUGAAGCCCACAAAUGUAUAAUGUCAGUGCCUACUGCCUGCCUGAUCACAUUGAAUAUAAUGUUUGCCAUUUUCAUCAUCUUGUUGCAAAUGCUGUACAUAUGAAAACUGCAUCACUCUCUUUUCAGCUCUUUAAAUAUGCAGGGAUUUCAUGAAGGCUUUUCCUACUUGCUGUUGUGUUUAGUUAGAAUUACAAUAAACUUCUGGGAUUUGUAUCUUCACUUUAUCCAACAAUUCCUAAGUUAAUUCAACUUAAAUCUGAUUUUCAUAUAUUUGGUAAUGAAGUUAGAGGCUUUAUUCCCCUUUUUAAGUCUCUUGGUGGAAACAAAGAGAACAACAGACGGAUGAUUAACUUAUCAGGUUUCACACAUCUGAACGUUUACAACUCUGCUAAAAUCGUGCAGCUACAAUUAAAAAGCCCCAAGUGACUUAAGCUAAAUGUGUGCAUUAAUCUUUCAGAGUCAUAUUUUAUAGAUAAAUCCUUGAGGUAUUCAUUAGUGCCACUAAGACCUACGUCAAUGAUUCAUGUACAAAUAAUGACGGUUAUUCAUAUAUUUGUCAGAGCAGAUCAUUGCUUUGUUUUUAAAUUUUCACUUAAAAAACUUAAAAACUCAAAAAUGAUUCAAUUCAGUUCUAUAAACUAAUGACUAGGUACGCUUGGCGACAACAGGUGAUGUGAAACUUUUUGACAACUGGCAAUGAGUUUUUUCCAUCACUGUUGAGAAAUUGCAUCCCAGUCUUCUUUGCAGAAUUGUUUUAAUUCUGCCAAACAGUCAGAAACUAAUAAUUGUAUCCCUCUGGUUUUCGUGGUGGACAGCAGAUCGCAUGGUUUAUCAAUUGUGGAAAGACGCUCAGGUCGUCCAUUUAUCUCUGUACAAUGCAAUGCUAGUCAGCCAGCUGAAUGAAGCUUCCUACCUUUCAAGAGAGAAAAAUCCACCUAGAAGUCCCUUAAAUAACAGGUUAAGCUGCUGGCUACCUGAGCAGUGAGGCUGACUGAUUAACCACCUAAUUUCAAAUUGUUGAGCAAAACUGGGUGGAAAAAAGUAUAAUAUUUAGCACCAUUAGCACUUAAAAACUUUCAUAACCUAAGUGGGUUUCUAUCAAAACUUUCCUGAUGCCUUUGUACAUAUAUCAAAUUUAUAUAUAUGACUUACAACAUCAAUAUAUUUAUAACAACUUACAUGGUAUGUUGUUUCAGUCACACCAGUGACACAGAUUAGCAGACAGUUCAGACAGUUCGGUUCAUGCCUAUUUGUAUCACAUCAGGAAUUAGAGAAUGUCGUGUUGCUCCAUGAAGGCAUCGCUUACUAAUUGUUUGACUGUUGAGCCGGGUGUGUACCUCUUCUAUCUUUUUGCAUUUAGGUCUGACUUUGUACCAAUUUCAGUGUUUACAAUAUUUGUACUGGAUCAGUUUUAUGUGCACAUUAAAGUGCUCUGAAAUACAUAAAA